AUGGGUAAAAAGAAAAAAGAAAAUUUAUCGUCUAAAAAGGAGGAAAAUAAUAAAGAGGCCAAGCCAAGUAAAGUGAGAAAUUGUUGUUCGUUUAAUAAUAAUUGUUGCUCAAUUAUAUCCUGUCUCGUAGCAAUAUUUGCUGCCUUUUUAGCGUAUAAGGCUUACACAACGUUAACACUUGUGCCUGACCUUCCAACAUUAGACUUGGAGGCAUGGUGGGGUCCCAAUGAUACUAGAGGGAAUCAAGACACUUCAAUAAGACCUUUUCGGAUCGUUUUUAGUGAGUCCAUGCUUACUGACUUACGAAGAAGAUUCGAUGACUACAGACGAUUAAAGAAGACAAAAUCGUUUGAAAACGCCACGUGGACCUAUGGCGUUAACUCGGACGGUUUUGGUAAAAUAUUUGCCCAUUGGGUGUUUAAAUACAAAUUUAAUAGAAGGGAAUUGUAUUUGAACCAGUACGAUCACUUCAAAACGAAUAUACAAGGAAUGGACAUUCAUUAUGUGCAUGUAAAACCAAAAGUGGAUAGAAAUGUUAAAGUUGUUCCUUUGCUCCUUCUUCAUGGAUUUCCAGGUUCCGUGAGAGAGUUUUACGAAGCAAUUCCGCUAUUGACUACACCGCGGUCAGAGCACGAUUUUGUGUUUGAAAUCAUCGUACCCAGUCUGCCAGGAUUUGGAUACUCGCAGGGUCCAGUCAGACCUGGUUUAUCAGAAACGCCAAUGGCCGUAGUCAUGAGGAAUUUAAUGCACAGGCUCGGUUUUAAGCAGUUCUAUAUCCAAGGCGGUGACUUGGGCCACAAAAUCGGCAUGAGCAUGGCCACUCUCUUUCCCAAUGAAGUAUUAGGCUUUCAUACCAACAUGGCAGUUACAAUCACCGAUCUGUCAAUUCUGACGUGGGUGUUUGGAGACAUUUGGCCUAGUUUCAUUGAAAAAGAAUACUCAAACAGACUUUACCCAGUAAAGGAUAAGGUCAACUUUUAUCUGGAAGAGUCCGGAUAUUUACAUUUGCAGCAUACAAAACCUGAUACUAUAGGUGUUGCUCUCAAGGAGUCACCAGCAGGCUUAGCUGCUUAUAUUAUAGAGAAAUUUGUCAUAGGCACUAACCCAGAAAAUAAGUUCCUAGAUGACGGUGGUCUGGAGAGUUUCGAUACUGACGACCUCUUAGACAAUAUUAUGAUAUACUGGGCGACUGGCUGUAUUACUACAUCUAUGAGAAUUUUCAAAGAGACCUCAAGAAAUAAAGAGAUGGAAACUGCUUUGGAAAAGAUACCGACGGAGGUCCCGACGUGGGCUUUGAGAUUGAGACACGAGAUAUUUUUUAUGCCAGAGUUUAUGAUCAAAUGGAAAUUCCCCAAUCUGUUUGGUACUACAACUUUGGAUGUGGGCGGCCAUUUUGCAGCUUUAGAAAAACCCGAAGUGUUCGCUCAUGAUGUAUUCAAAGCGGUAAAGUCUUUCAGAGAGUUCAAUCGAUUCAGUUAA